UUAAAGGCUCUCUCUACAUCUUACAUAUAAAUGGGCACACCUGCAGAGAGACUUUGAUCUUGAAGAACAUUCUCUUCAUAUUUUUUUUUUCUCGUCAUCUUUACAAAAAAAAAAAAACUAAUCUCUAACUUCUCCACCAUUGAUGAGCUCUGACUCCAAUUUCACUACUUCCCUCUCUCUCUUUCUCCUUUCACUUUUCUCGGCAAAGGUUCAGUGAAAUCACAAUCCGAUUCCUCUGUUUUGCUCUGUUUUUCUAACACCAAAGAUUCAAGAGUUAACCAUGGAGGGAACAAGAUCGAAACCGGUUCGGAAUCUGCCCGAGACAAUCCAUUCUUUGCUCGGUUUGAAAUCUCAUCUGACUUCAGCUUGGGUUAAAUCUGUAUGCAACAUCGUCAACAAUGUUCCUUCUUCGACGCCAAAGAAAAAAGAAGACGAUGACUCUGUUUCUUCUGCCCAAUUACAGAGCAUUAGAGAUCAACUCUCUGCACUGACAGUUCAUGUGAAUGAUCAGAACAAACGGAGAAGACAGAUUCUUAAUGAGUUCUUGGACCUUAAAGGGAACAUUCGUGUGUUUUGUCGAGUCAAGCCCUUAGGAGCCUCCGACAAACGGAAAACACCAGUUACUUCGGAUACAAGAAAUGUUAUCAUCAAGUUAACAGAAACCAAGAGAAAGACCUACAACUUCGACAGAGUUCUCCAACCUGAUUCAUCCCAAGAUGAUGUUUUCUUGGAGAUCGAACCAGUAAUCAAAUCGGUUAUCGAUGGCUACAACGCUUGCAUUUUCGCAUACGGGCAAACCGGUACUGGAAAGACUUACACAAUGGAGGGUCUUCCGAACUCUCCAGGUAUUGUUCCUCGAGCAAUCAAGGGAUUGUUCAAACAAGUCGAGGAAAGCAAUCAUAGGUUUGAGAUCACCUUUAGCAUGCUUGAGAUUUACAUGGGGAAUCUUAAAGACUUGCUUCUUUCUCAAGCAACUAAACCCAUUUCUCCAAUACCUCCAAGCCUUUCGAUUCAUACUGAUGAAAAGGGAGAGAUAGAGAUUGAGAACUUGGUGAAUAUUAAAGUGAAUGACUUUAAUGAAGUCUUCAAGUUAUACAAAUUAGGUUGCCGAAACAGAGCUACUGCCUCCACAAAUUCUAACUCUGUUUCCAGCAGAUCUCACUGUAUGAUCCGUGUAUCCAUCACUUGCCAUGGAGCUCCUGAGAGACGGCGUGAAACAAACAAGAUUUGGCUAGUGGACCUUGGAGGAAGUGAGCGUGUGUUGAAAACCAAAGCCAUUGGUCGUCGUUUUGAUGAAGGCAAAGCCAUUAAUCUCUCGUUGUCUGCUCUUGGAGAUGUCAUCAACUCUCUUCAACACAAGAAUUCUCACAUUCCUUACAGGAACAGCACGCUCACACAGGUUCUGAAAGACUCUCUCGGGCAAGACUCAAAGACGUUGAUGAUGGUUCAUAUCAGCCCUAAAGAAGAUGAUCUGUGUGAAACAAUAUGUUCUUUAAACUUCGCAACAAGGGCAAAGAACACUCAUUUAGGGCAGGAUGAAUCAACGGAAGAACAAGUGAAAAAAGAGGCUCUGAUGAUGACCCUGCAUAAGAAGAUGGAAAAGAUCGAACAAGAGCGUGAGAUAGCAUUAAGAGAGAUGAGAAAUCUAAACCAGACAUUAGAGAAAUUCUCAGGUAAGCCUCAUGUUACUGAAGAAGAAGAAGAGGAUGUGAUUAGAGAAGAGAUCCUAGUGACUCCAAAGAAACGAAAGAACAAAUCAAGACGUGCUUCAGAUGUUUUUCCUAGCUUCAUGAGACCAACAGCUAACAGCAACAGAAGAUUAUCAGGAGCAGAUUUUAGCGUAAUCCCUAAUGGUUCAGGCUUUAAGUCGAGACGGAACUCGAUGGUAUCUGUCCGAGCUGAAUCUGUGUGUCUUCCUUUGAAUAAGAACGGAUUUGGGUCUGCUUGUGACUCAUCAGACAGGAGCGUUUCGAAAUCGACUUGGGUAAUGCGUCAAAAUACAGCAGAUGAUGCAACAGUGUAUAGUCAGGAUAUAUCUGAGUGUGACAUUAAGUUGGUUGUGUCUGAGCACAAGCCAAAAGUACUGCAGAUGGGGACUGGAUCUGGGACAAAACCCCGUUCCAGGAUGGGUAACCUGGAGAAAGAUGUGAGGCAGAAGAUGGGUGGAAGAGAGUUUUCUAGGAUUAACAGUUGGCUUGACAAGACUCAACUUCCCAGGACUCCUUGCCCUGAACAACUAGACAUGUUGUUGGAGAAGUCAUCAACACAGAGUUUUACAACGGAGAAGAUCACUGGAAAUGAGUUCUUCGAAAAACUGGAAGAUAUAGGAGAGUCUAACGGAGGUGAGACGACAGUGGUUAAACCUACACCGAUGCUUAAAAAUCUGUUUGAGCUGCAGUGUCUCUGUUCUUCCGAAGAAGAGGAUCAGAUUUUGUCCAGAUUCCCAAAUCCUAGUGAUGAAGAUGAUUACGAGUCUCUCUGUCCUCCAACUUUAGAAAACGAUGGUUUUAGCCAAUACAUAGACAAUGAAUGGUUUGGAGUCAACAACAACAGAGCGGAUUUGGAGCGAGAUUCACCAGCCUCGGUCUCGCUGUUAGAACGUGAACGGGAUCUGAAACAGCUCUUACCGCAAUUGGGUUUGGAUCGAUCACUCAAACCGAACUCUCAGAGGGGUUUGGCGUUCGCGGAUGGCGUGGCUCCACCAUUGCUUAGAGCACAAGAAACCCUGGGAGAAAGAGGAUUCGCUCCAAGGUUCAUGCAGAAACUUCAGGCUUUAUGCUUCCGUAUCCUUCUGGGAUUAGGGUUUAUCGAUGUGGGAUAUGACAAUGACUUCUUCAACGGGUUAAUGAAGUAAUGACAAGAAACAGAUCCUAUUCGUCAUUGAGAUCCCCAAAUUUUUUAAUAGAAAUUUAAGUAUGAUUCUUUUUUGAAUAAACUCUUAAGUUCUGUUUAGUGUCUAAUGACUCAGUUUUUGAGUAGAAGCCAAUCUUUUAUAGUUCUGUUUAAAACCUGACAUGUCUUUUUUUUUUUUUAAGGUUUACAAAAGUCUUUUUAGAGAAAAUUUGUCUCUUUUUCUUAUAAGUUUUAAUUAAAAAGACAAAAAAAAAUAGAGAAGAUACAAAAAUUUGGGGCAUAAUUAUAAUCAAAGACUCCAAUGUAAUCUUGUGUAAUUAGAGGAGAUAAGGAGAGAGCGAAGUUGACUGUGUAG